CCCCGGAAACAUUGAAAGCUCUUUGCAAACCACGUUUUAUUUUUAUUUAAAGUGAACUCUUCUCUCGUUUAAGGGUUGUUGAGUUUGGCAAUUUUAUUAAUUUUGUUAAUUGUGCUAAUUCAAAAUGUCUCAUUACAGUUUUAAAAAGAUUCAAACUGUGCCCUCUACGAAGGACUUUGUUGAUAUUAUUUUAUCAAAAACACAAAGGAAAACUCCUACGGUUGUCCAUAAACAUUAUGCCAUCCCUCGGAUCAGGCAGUUUUAUAUGAGAAAAGUUAAAUUUACUCAACAAAAUUUCCAUGAUAGAUUAACCCAAAUUUUAACUGAUUUUCCUAAAAUUGAGGAAAUUCAUCCAUUUUUUGCUGAUCUACUCAAUGUCCUUUAUGAUAAAGAUCAUUACAAAUUGGCCCUUGGUCAAAUCAACACAGCACGUAAUCUUAUUGACAACGUGGCGCGUGAUUAUGUGAGGCUUCUCAAAUAUGGAGACUCCUUGUAUCGGUGCAAGCAGCUCAAAAGAGCUGCACUGGGACGAAUGGCAAAUAUUAUGAAAAGGCAAAAUGAUAGUUUAAUUUACCUAGAGCAAGUUCGGCAACACAUCUCUCGUUUGCCAUCAAUCGAUCCUAAUACACGGACAUUAUUGAUUUGUGGUUUUCCUAAUGUGGGUAAAUCCAGUCUUAUCAAUAAAAUCACCAGAGCCGAUGUUGAAGUUCAGCCUUAUUCAUUCACUACUAAAUCUCUUUAUGUUGGACAUACUGACUACAAGUAUCUUAGAUGGCAAGUAAUUGAUACUCCUGGUAUUCUAGAUCAUCCUCUUGAGGAACGUAAUACAAUUGAAAUGCAAGCUAUCACAGCUUUAGCUCACAUUAGAGCUUGUAUUAUUUAUGUAAUUGAUGCAUCUGAAUCAUGUGGUGUUGGCUUGGAAGAUCAAAUCAGUCUUUUCAAAAGUCUUCAACCUCUCUUUGUUAACAAACCCAUUCUUAUUGUUAAUAACAAAAGUGAUGUUGUAAAAUUAGAGGAUCUUCCAGAGGAAAAGAAAGCCAUUUUGGAAAAGAUAAAGACAGAAGACAAUGUAAAUAUUUUAGAGAUGAGUACUGUCAAUGAACAAGGAGUUAUAGAAGUACGAAACGAAGCUUGUGAUUUAUUACUUGCUCAUCGAGUUGAAAUGAAGAUGAAGAGCAAGAGCAUGCAAAGUGUUGCUAACAGACUCCAUGUAGCUAUGCCUCUUCCUAGAGACUCACAGGAACGACCUCCUUGCAUUCCUGAAGCUGCUCUCAAAAAGAAAUCUGAAAUGACAACUGAAAAUGACUCUGAUGAAGACCUUGACGAUGAAAUGGCUAAACCUAAAAAGAAGACUGAACGUGAUAUCGAAUUGGAAAUGGGAGACGAUUAUAUUCUAGAUCUAAAGAAGCGAUACGAUAUCGAAGGAGAUCAAAAGUUCGAUAUCAUUCCAGAAAUCUGGGAAGGACAUAAUAUUGCUGAUUUUGUUUUUGCUGAUCUGGAGAAAAAAUUAGCUGAAUUAGAAGAACAAGAACGACAAUUGAUUGAAAAUGGAUAUUACGAUCCUAAUCUUGAGGAAGAAAAUGAACAAAUUAAAGAGAUUCGAGCUUUGGCUCGUCAAAUUCAGCACAAGAAGGCCUUGUUGAAGAACGAAUAUUGGCUUAAGAAGGGAAUAACCAGACCAAAACUACCAAGAACAGGACGUAAACGUGAACGAAGUGUUUCUAGAUUGAAGCAUGAAUUUGAAGAACUUGGAAUUGAAUUUUCAGAUGAUGAUGGAACUCACUAUGCUGAAGCUGCUGAGCCAAGGACUCGUGGUCCACCUUUGAAGAAGGUUCGAACAGACAGCGAAGGUAGAGUGAGAAGUAGCUCUACUAAACCAAGAGAUCAAUCUGGUAUUCGGGAUGAGAUUGAAAAGGUUAAGGUUAAGGCGAUCGCUAAGAAAGCUCAAACCAAGAGGAAUCGGCAAGCCAGAAAGGGUGAAGGUGAUCGUAAGAUUGUAAGCUUGAAACCCAAACACUUGUUAAGUGGUAAAAGAGGACUCGGAAAAACACAAAGAAGAUAAUUGUUAUAUCUUUGUAAAUGAUUCUGCUAAAUUAAAGUUUUGUUAUAACACAAAA